UGAAUUAAUUUUAGCAGUUAAUAUAUUAAGGAAUUAAAUACCUCACGUCAUUUGACAUCUGACAGCGCCUCACCUGCAUUCUAAACAUUGGUUUGGUUUGUUUCUCUUUCGCGCGCUCAACUGUCAAGUUUGUUUGGAUUCCGUGAAGCGUUGGACAAAAAGUGGUGAUGGAUAAAGUGAAAUUUACGGAGAAUGCAGAAAAGAUGUGAUCCGCUGAACGAUGGCUUUGCUGAGGGGAACGGAGAAUUAUUCUUUAAGCACGAACCCAACCUCUCCGCGCCCGGAUCGCACACAAUCUACGCCAAAAUCCCGCCCAACCUGCAUGAACAUCCCUGCGAGUGUCCCCGCUGGACGAUGCCCAUCAGCCGGCUGCUGACCGAGGUGACCGGCCUAGAUUCGAGCGAGGCGGACGGCCUGCUGCAGAAGAUUUGUGUCGUGUGCAUUUCCUACCUCAAGCACGCGUACACGUUCCAGCGGCAGGCCAUCGACAAUGUGGCCGCACUGCUGGCCGCCCGGUAUCUAGUCACACGGCGGGCGGUGCCCUUUCAGAAGAACCUGGACAAGCAGCAGCUGAUGCAGACGUGUUGCUUAAUGGGAAUGGGUGGACGCAGGAGAAUUUUUUUUAUGGCAGAGUUGUUGCGGAUGAUUACGGUGGAACCUAUGCUGAGGAUUCUGAACCGGGCUGGAGAACAAAACGGUGCUGCUUCCCGAAGGAUUGAAAGGGCAAACCGAAGUUUCUUCUCCAUAUUGUUUCUUAGGACUAGACAAAAUCAAAAGAAAGCGGAAUAAUAUUCUUUAGUGUUGUGUCGAUAUUACGUUGCGUGGUGAAAAUGCAUUUUUAUUAUCACAAAUAAAAAUAAGAUUUGGUUGUUGUUUU